AUGUUGCCGAAGCUACCAAUCAACCUCCCGCCCCAUCUUAGUCUCAAACUCAUCAAAACUUACUGUGAUUCCGGUGAUCUACGACGUGCCCGCCAGCUGUUUGAUAAAAUUACCAGCCCAGAUUUGCAUUCAUGGACGACGUUAAUAUCAGCUUACACACGACAUGAUCUCCAAAAAGUAGCUAUUAAUCUGUACACCCGGUUGAGGGACAUCGGAUUCCAACCCGAUAGAUUUGUACUUCUGUCAGUUGUCAAGGCUUGUUCCACAUCUGGAGAUCUUAUUCAAGCUCAGAGAGCUCACAAAGAUGCUGUCAUGUUUGGGUUUCAUCAUGAUCUUUUGUUAGGGAAUGCAAUGAUAGACAUGUUUGCAAAAUGCAAGCAUCUUGAAGGUGCCAAAACAGCUUUUAACGAUUUACAGGUUAGAGAUGUAAUUUCUUGGACAUCGAUCUGUUCUUGUUAUGUUAGUUGUGGGUAUCCCAGAAAGGGCCUUCAAGCCUUUAGAGAGAUGAGGUAG